AUGGUCCUGGAGCCUCUUAGAGAUCCCUAUCCCAAUCUGACUGCUCGAAAUUUUUUGGUCUUUUAUAAUUUGAGAGCUGCUACUAAGGUAAAUGUCUCCAACUUUAGCAAGAAAGAUAAGGGGCAAACCUUGGCUCUGUUUAAGACUUGGUACUCUAACGCCAAAGCUUGGACAACCAAGUUUUUCUUUGUUACCAGCCAGGGCUGGGAGUUUCCUGCCCAAGAAGAUAUUUUCAGAGUUUUUCUAGUUAGGGUGAUCUGGCACCUCUUACAUGACGAUAAGAGCUUGUGGGCUACCAUGGAACCUUUGUCACGUUGGGAGCUGGCCCGAAUUGAAACCGUUCGUUCCUGGGCUGAAGCUCAUCCUGAGGAUCUUUGGACCGACUUUUUGUUGAUGCCCGUUUACAUCGAUCAGUUCCUGAUGUCCCCUAACCGAUCCUAUAUGAACCCUAUUCUAGAAAUGAAUCUACAAGACUCUACUACAGAUGAUGUAGAGUUAACCAUGUCUACACAGGGGCAAUGCAUUCCUCCACUCUCACCCAAUAAAGACACGUCAGCAGUUUUUAUAUACUUACCGUGGAUCAAAGUGUUCCGAUUAAAAGUCUCACUUGCUCUCUCUGCCCUCAACCCCAAUUUGCCCUCGAUUUCUCUCUCUGCCAGAAAAUUGUUGCAGGAAUUCUUUGUUGGGAAGGAGCUCUACAAAAAGAUUAACCCUGAAGCUGUUGCUUAUGGUGCUGCUGUUCAGGCCGCAAUUCUCAACCGUGGGGGUGGUAGCAAAGUGCAAAAAAUCUUGUGCCUAGAUGUCACUCCUCUAUCCCUUGGAUUGGAGACUGCUGGAGAGGUCAUGAGCGUGCUGAAACCAAGAAACACCACCAUUAUCGUCAAGCAGGAGGAGGAGUUCUCAACCCACAUAGAUAACCAGCCUGAUGUGCUGAUUCAGGUGUAUGAGGGUGAAUGUAGCAGAACUCGUGACAACAACUUGCUGGGCGAGUUCGAACUCUCUGGUAUUCCUGCUGCUCCUAGUGGAGUUCCAAAAAUCACUGUUUCCUUUGAUGUCGAUGCUAAUGGUAUCUUGAACACCUCUGUCAAGGACAAAACCACUGGACAGAAGACUGACAGCACAAUCACCCACAUGGGCUGGCUCUCCAAUGAAGAGAUUGAGAAGUUAGUGCAGGAGGCUAAGUACAGGGCUGAGGACGAGGAAUAUAAAAUGAAAGUUGAUACAAAGAAUGAACUGGAGAACUAUGCUUACGACAUGAUGAACGCAUUCAAAGACAAAAAGAUUGAAGCUAAGGUCCAUGCUGUAGACAAGAAGAAGAUUGAAGAAGCAAUUGAGCAGGCUAUCCAUUGGCCUGACCGAAACCAACUUGCUGAGGCAGAAGAAUUUGAGUUCAAGAAGGGCGAGCUGAUGAGCAUCUGCGACCCUUUCAUCGCCAAAAUUAAUCAAGGUGCUGAAGGUGACACGAGGGGAACCACGCGAGUGGAAUCUGAGAAGUGCAUUGAUUGGCAAAAGGAGUGUAAUAUCAAGGUCGAGGCAAAGAAUGCACUGGAGAACUACGCUUACAAUAUGAGGAAAACUUUAAAAAAUGAAAAGAUUUUGUUGGAAGCCACCUGCAGUGUGAAACCAAACUCAUAG